AUGUCGGAGAGUUAUCCAGGAGGAGAAGGGCAGCACCAGCAAGUGAUGGUCGACGGAGUCGCCACAGCAGGAGGCGUCUGCCUGCCAUUCUAUCACGUUCCACAGCAGUGUAGGAGGGAAAAGCUCCGCUAUCCCAAUGCCAACGACUCACCACCGUUGCACCCACACACGUCUACCGCUUCUCCCCCGUCGUUCUUUCACUACCAGCCAUCGACAGCAACCUCUUUCACGUUCCCUUGCUCCUCUUCCUACCACAUGCUGAACGCUGGCAGCAGCCCCUCCGUCGCAUACGAAUACGGCACGGGCUCCGCUUUCAACGUCCUUGACCACCACUCUCUCUUCGACGGCGGCGUCCACCAUCAGCAAACCCAUGGCGUAUCCUUGUCUCUCUCUUCCUCCGUCGCCUCUCCUUCGCAUCACCCCCACCAGGACCACUUGAUCGGUACAGCCUCCCUAGGGGGUGGGCCGGUGAGGAUGGAGCCCGUCCCGGCCGGGCCUUUCACCGGCUACGCCACGAUACUCAAGGGUUCCAGGUUCCUCAGGCCGGCACAGCAGAUGCUCGAGGAGGUCUGCGGCGGUGGGGGUGCAGGAGGACUGGCUGGUGACAACGGAGACGAGGCAGAGCCGUUGGAUUUUGCGACAGAGAGCGUUGGUGAGGUGGACAGGAACCUGGACGGCUCGAUCAGUGGUGAGCAGCGGAGAAUGAAGACGAGGCUCGUGUCCAUGCUGGAAGAGGUCUGCGACAUGUGCCCAGUGAUUUUCAGUUGUUUUUCUCCUGUUUCUUUCUUUCCCCUUGAACUUGGUGAUUGAUAGAUGGACACUCCCAUUCUCUGAUUGAUUUUGCCCUUGUUUUCUCUCUGGAGGGUCAUGAUAUUUCAUUUUCCGUCUGUUCGGUGUUUUUUUAUUGUUUUCCGCCCGGUAAAUUUUCGGACGAGCAAAACCUCGCGGAAUCUUUCUCACUGUUCAUGCAAUUGGAAGUAUUGUCGGUGAUUUGAUUUCUCUGCGCGCAAGGAUUUUGAUGGGAUGUUUGACGUUGUUUAGCUUGCUAUAUCUCCUUUUCUCCUGCCACUACUAUUGAUGAACACAGUUUUAUCUUAGCCUUCGUGUCGGAUUAUUUCACCAUAUCGGCCCAGCCGCAAGAACUUGUUUCUCUCGUGACAUGCUUCAAGCAUUCUUUUUUCGCUGCGCAAGCUGUCGCCUAUCGAUCUCUCAUAAUGGGAACAUGGAUUAAAAUAUUCUGAGAUGGGUUUUUGGAUUCUUCUCUGUGGAGCCAUGUAGCUGUUGACUUACCUUCAUUGCGCAUCGCCUUCGGUGGGGUUAUGGGUCUGUAUUCUAUGCAUAGUUCUACUGUAGAUCCUACUUACAAUAUUCGUUGUGACGAUUAUGAGCCUGUUAUCGCUCUAAACAGCCUGUUCUCACUUGGGAUACCCGGUGUUACAAGUUCUUCAGUGCCGUUGUUGCACCAAAGUGAGGGUUUCCGCCGAGACGGCUCUUUAUUGUCAAGGUUUCACUUGGAAGCUGCUGUGUAGCUUUCAAUGCCGACAAGCACUUGCCACUCGGUGGGGUCGUGGCAGGGAGUGUGGUUGGGUUUUGUUGCUUGCAAGUGUUCUCGUCCAUGUGACUGCAUUAUAUUCUCUUUUCCUUUCAUCUACCUCUUCAAAAAAAAAUGUAAACUAGUAGACCUACGUCAUAGGACGGAGACGAAACCGUGUGUUCCUAGGGUUUUUGUCUUCCCGGUUCAUUGUUCUCAAGAGAGAGUUUAUCACCUGUUUUUAGGGCCACGACUCUUCUGCUGAAAAUUAGCAUAUCGUUGCGCACCUAUAGAUGCGUACAACAUCGCUCAGCCCUAGAAUAUGUAUCGAUGGAGUUACUAUAGCUCUUUCUCAAACGCAAUGUGUCCGAAUUUCAGUGGUUAUUCCUUCCACAAUGAGUUCAAACGGUUAUCAUUCAUUUGUCUUCUAGAGGUUCCCCAGCGGAACAAAAUCAGGAUUUGUUCGUACUCGGCGAUAGUUGUGAAAUUUGGAGACGUUGAAUCUUAGGUGAUGAGUAUCACUGGCUGAUUUUUCUUGGAGAAUAACUGUUGCAGCUGGAGUUCUAAAGUUUUACGUCAGAACUUCAGCAUUUAUUGGAUUUUUUCGCAACUUCUAGCAUUAAAUCCUCGAGGUGGCGCAGGUUUCGAGCAUGUAGAGCUGGUAUUUUAUUAAAUACGAUGAAGGGUAAUGACAAGAAAUCGUUAGUCAGGUGGAUCUUCAGCUAAUUGAUUUGGUUUGGAAUUUUUUCUCUUCUGAGAGCGUAUUUGUGGGGAUGAAACAUUAUGCUGUGGGCUUACCAUAUUAACUUUUCCCUUAAUGUUCAAACUCUGAAAAGGGUUGGUUUGCGUGAACAUGCUGUCGCGUUAUGUGCAUGCGUUGAAUGAUUCUCAAGUUUUGUUACUCAUUUUCGAGUAGAAAUCUGCGAAGUAUUACUGAGUGGGUUUAAUUCCUAUCGCCCUAAAAGAUUUUUAAGAUGUCACACCAUAUUCGUAGAUUAUUGCGUGGUCAAUUUAUGCAAAUAUUACUUGUUCUUCUUGAUUCUUGUUAUAGUUAAGUUCAGCGGGUUGCAUUCAUCCUAGAAGUUGCCUAAAAUAUUUGAUCCGCGGAUUAUGUUUUCUGUAUUUAAUGAUUUUUACCUCUCACAGGUUUAUAGAAGAUACAGACUCUACUUUCAGCAGAUACAAGCGGUCAUCACGUCCUUCGAAGCAGUUGCAGGCCUCAACAUGGCUGCCCCCUACACUCCAUUGGCUGUCCGAACCUUGUCGAAGCAUUUCAGAUGCUUGAAAGAGGCCAUCUCCAGUCAGCUUCGAUUCGUCAAUGAACCCUUCGGCAAAGAUGGACAGAGUAAGGAUGAGAUCUCUGGGCAUAAAUUUAUGACCGGGGGUUUCGGGUACCAGAGGGCAGCUUCUGGCUCGGCUCAGAUCAAUCAGCAGCCUGCAUGGCGUCCCCAGAGAGGUCUUCCUGAGCGGGCAGUGGCUGUUCUUAGAGGGUGGUUGUUCGAGCAUUUUCUCCAUCCGUAAGUCUCCUCUCUGUUCAUGUGAAUUAUGAGCAUCUGCUAUUACUUUUGUAUUCUUGCCAAACUGGUUUAUUUCUAUCAUUAGUCAAUGUCUAUCAUUCUGUUCGGUAUGAAGAGUAGAGUAGCUCUUGCGGGGCGCCAGAGAAAUGCAUGAAGUUACGUGCCUCCCCGGAGAGGGCACUGUUUGCUGUUAUUUCUAUCUGCAAUAAAAUUUAUCCUUGAAAGCUUUAUUAUGAGAAAGCAGGAGUAAUCCUUAGCCUGUUUUUGAGCAUUUUAUGUGAUUUUACGUUGGAUUACCCAGGUACCCCACCGAUAUGGACAAACAGAUGCUGGCCAAGCAAACCGGGCUUUCGCGAAACCAGGUACUCCGAGAUCUCUGGUACUUUGCGUGUUUCUAACGUUAAUUACCUCAAGUUACAAGGAAUUUGUUAUAUUUUGAUGCUCAGAACUAUGUAUGUAUCUUGGGGAUCAUCUGCAUUAUCGUUCAUGGUAUAGAAAAUUCCUUCAAUUAUUGUACGAUGGCUCAGCUGGUCAAUCGCGCCAUCUAUUACGCAGGUUUCCAAUUGGUUCAUCAAUGCCAGAGUGAGACUGUGGAAGCCCAUGGUGGAAGAGAUCCACUCCCUCGAGUUGCGGCGGAAGGUCUCCGAUUCCGAUGACAAUCGUAAUAGCAGCAAGCAGCCCGACGUGUCGAGCUCCUCAUUUGCAUCUCCUGUGAAUGAGCAGACGCAUCCCAGCAGCAGCUCCCUGAAGAACCAGGAGCAGCUUCCCCAUAAGCGGUUCCAGAAUGAACUUGCGGACAUAGCCGGCCAUGUCCAGGAACCAGUGAACUUCUCACUCGAGAACCUGUCCUCUUCCCACCACCGCCUCGACGCGCCAAUGGCCGGCGUCACCGCCGGCGGAGGCCACGGAGGCGUCUCCCUCACGCUUGGUCUCCACCAGAACAACGGCUACUGCCUCUCCGAGCAGCUCCCACUCAACGUCGUCCGAAGAUUCGGCCUUGAAGAGAGCAACGUGGCGUACGUCAUGGGCGGGUUCGAAGGGCAGGAGCGGCAGUUUGGGAAGGAGUUCGACGGCCAGCUGCUGCGAGACUUCGUCGCCUGA